AUGCCAACUUUAAGCAUUACUACUAAUAUACCAAAAUACAAAAUUCCAUCAACAUUUUUAGCUGAUGCAUCAAAAUUAGUCAGCCAAGUACUCCAAACACCAGAACUAUAUAUUGCUGUGAGAAUCAAGGCUGGACAACAGAUGCACUGGUAUAAUAAUGAAUCACCAUGUGCACUAGGAAACAUAACCGGAACUGGAAACUUUGGAAUUGAUGAAAAUAAGCAUUAUGCUUCAAUUAUAUACGACUUUGUUGAAAAACAACUUGGCAUACCACAAGACAAAUUUUAUUUAUCAUUCGUGGAACAAAAACCAAGCAAUAUUGGAGUCCGAGGUACGACUUUGGAAGAGAUUAUUCAAUAG